AUUAAUUUAAUUUUAAAACAGAACAGAAGUUUGAUACAAUUUUAUGUUACCAAGCGAUUGUUUAAUCGAUAAAUACAAACAACAGUACCUAAAAGCAUGAAAAUAUGGGACUAACCAGUAACACUGGGUUAUUGGCUACCCUGCCGCAAAAAUCUGCCCUGACGAAGCAAAAAGAAACUGACUUAGCUAAUUUAGAGCUACGAUGCGAGGUGACGCCAGCGCCGUUCAUGCUUCGGCCCUACGCAGGUCUCUACAAUCCUUUCUCGCACGCUUGCUCUGUCCUCUGCAACCACCCGGCUGAUUCAACUGCUAAGGAGUUUGUAAAGAAAGCUAAAGAUGCAUGGUUUCAUGAAGGUAAAGGUCAUUAUUUACAAGAAGACUUGACGAAGUUUCAAGAUCAGAACGAAAAAGAAAAAAAUAGGACACCGCAUGAUAUUGUCACAGAGGACAUGUUCAGAAGAUAUACAGAAACAGACUCUAGACCACAUACUCCAGCUCCAACCCUAGCAAGUGGAAAGUCAAGAGGGUCGAGACGAUGUCUCACACCAGAUCAGCCGCACCAAAGAACCACAAUCGUGUUAGAUUUGAGAAGAUGUCAUAGUCAGGAAACCCUCUACUACCACGGCUAUGCAACAUCCGAGAUGACAACCGGACAAACGCCGAGCGCCAAUGACAGGUCAACUCUCCCCUCUCUCAACCUUUCGGCCAGUGCUCACAAUCGCCUCGUGAACGGUCAAUGUGAACAACUACCGCCGUUAGCGUCUCCUUUAGUUUUAUCCAAGCGAACUGUCAAAGAACCGAUCAGUGUGAGAAGUGUUAAAACGAAUCAACUCAAAGCGUUAAACCUAGGUAAAGCACUCAAAAAGGAAUGUAAAAAGAACGAAGCUAUAGCAUCCCAACGUUCUAUGGGUGAAAAGGAGUCGAAUGAUGGCGAACACAUGGCGCAUGUGGACGAAAACGGUAAAUAUGGUGGCGAAGUAAGGAGACGGGGUAAACGUCGUCGUAAGGGUAGACCGGGGGGCAGCGAUCGUUUGACUUCAGCUGGACUGGCUGCCCAAGCUCAACAGGACCCUGAAACACAGAUUGCAGGUAUAGGAACAGACUCUCAGAACCCCAGUUCCCGAGGCUCGAUAUGUCAAACCGCUGAAGAUGACAUCGUUCUACCGGUCAUCAAGACUAGUGUCACGAGGAAAACCGAUUCGUUUCUUGAUGAUGACAUCUUGAAGUAUUUGCACAGAGAGGUCGAUGAAGAGGCAAUCGAGACUGAAUUUGAUACAAAGCGUCGUUAUGUCUUAGAAGAAGCGCUACGAACCCGUCCCGAACGCCCAUACUGCCAAGAGAUGCAAAAUCUCAUGAGAGAACUUCGCGUCCCAGCCGUCAGUCUGGGUGAUUGGCUGCACAUACCCAGAGUGUUCUCACGUCAAAACGCUCAGUUCAGCUUACCUAUCGACUCCAAUGCCUUGGAAUCCUUAACACCAAUGCAAUAUGCGGCACGUUUCGUCGUAUUGAAGAAGUCUAAACAACUGCUUUAUCUGACAGUUUUAAGGAAGUUUAGACAGAGGGGAUAUAGAAUGCCCAUUAAGGAUAUACGAGAAGGUCUAAUUCUGAUGAUGGGUGGAAUCCUAUCAGUGGAACAAGUGAAACAGUUCCAAAACAUAAUGGAUUGGGGGCAGUACGAGGAAGACGAGAACAUUCCAGAUGAGAUUAAACUGACUCUCCUAGACACUGGUUACAGGAGAAACGAUGUUAUAGAAGGAGGUGAUACUGGCGAGACUGACUUACGCUCAAUAAAAUACAGAACUUGGUGUGGUCUGUGCGCUAUUUGUGAAAGAAUGUACGGUCGUUUUCCACCAAGAGACAAGGACCCUCCUGACGGUAUGGAACUCAGUGACUUUACUAUGAUUGAAACGAGACUAGGCGUGUUAAAAGUACACAGUGGUCUCACAGAAGUACUCAAUACGAUAAGAACAAGAUAACUCAUGUGUUAACUUACUACUUACCUAAAUUUUAUAUAUUUUUAUCUUAUUAUAACUAUUUGUACACUGAUCUAACUUUAAUAAAGAGAAUUUUAUUCAUAAA